AUGCGUUUCACAUACCUCCUCGCCGCUCUCGCAGCCACCGCCACCUCCACCGUUUCGGCACAGGACCUCUCCUCCCUCCUCUCCGAGGCGUCGUCUCUCGUCGGCACCGACACUGCCCUUCAAACCCUCCUCUCCAGCGCCGCAUCUGUGCUGAGCUCCGCCACGUCCGGCCUCACAGGUGACGCGGCGUCGGCGUACUCGUCCGCCCUGUCCGCGGCCGGUUCUGAGAUCGGUGCCGCCACGAGUGCAGUAGGCUCCCUCACCAGUGCGGCUGGAAGCGCCUUGUCGAGCGCGACGGCAACAGCAGCAGCAACAGCGACAGGUUCCUCCAGCACCGACAACGGAGUGGACAGAGUCGCCCUGCCUGCAAUGGGAGUAGUCGGUGCCGCUAUCCUCGGUCUGGCUGCUGCCUUGUAA